CAAACCGGUCGAAAUCGCAGGGCGUCGCGUGUAAAUAUCGUUUGGGCCUCUUCUGUUAUGGGUCCGGCCCAUCCCAAACAGAUCUCCAUUUUCCGACCCAAUUAGCUUUCUCCCCGAACCGGAUCCGAGGCAGAACACGACAGGGGAAAGCAGCAAAGGAGCUAACUUUUUCGUUCCAUCAUCGCGCUCUCCGAGAAGUCGUGAGCUCGUUUCUGGCGGGAAGGAGGGGGGGAGGCGGCGCCGGAAGCGGGAGCAUGGGAUCCGAAGCUGCGCUGCCGGCAUGGGCUUCGAAGCCUUGCAUCAUGGGCAUCGACGAAGCGGGUCGCGGCCCUGUUCUUGGUCCCAUGGUGUACGGGUGCUUGUACUGCGCUCGGUCGUACCAGAAGACGCUCUCCACUCUGAACUUCGCAGAUUCGAAGACAUUAAAAGAAGAAAAGAGGGAAGAAUUAUUUGAAAAUCUAAAGGCUAAUGAAUCAAUUGGCUGGGCUGUUGAUGUCAUAGACCCACGAGAGCUUUCAUCUAAAAUGCUGAGGAAAAAUAAAAUCAAUCUCAAUGUAAUAUCACAUGACUCUGCAAUGGGACUUGUCUCCAGGGUGCUCAAUAUGGGUGUUCUUCUAACUGAGGUUUAUGUGGAUACCGUUGGAGAUGCUGAAAAGUAUAGAGUAAAGCUUUCUGAAAGAUUUCCAGGGGUCAAAUUUGUGGUUGCAAAGAAGGCCGAUAGUCUUUAUCCAGUGGUUAGUGGAGCAAGCAUAGUCGCAAAAGUCACAAGAGACAGAGCUUUGCGUGGAUGGGUGCUUGAGGAAACAGCUGAAAACAUGCAUAAGGAGUUCGGUUCUGGAUAUCCAGGAGACCCCGAAACAAAGGCAUGGUUGGAACAACAUAAACACUCGGUUUUUGGGUUCCCAAGUCUCGUCCGCUUCAGUUGGGGUACAUGCACAGCAUACUACAAGGACUUUGUUGAAGUCGCAUGGGAAUCUGAUCAAGUGGAUGAAGAUGAUUUUGAUGGAAGUAGUGGCAAGAGACAGGUGAAACUGAGCAGUCUCGGUUUUACAUCGAAGAGGAAGAUAGAAGAGACAGAAUCAAGUGGCAGAGGUCGCUGCAAAUUCUUUCAAAGCCGAAAGCUUCAGCAAGUCACUCACUUCUGAGGAAGGCUGGUGACUAUCGUGAGGACGACGGAGGUUCCUUUGCAAGGAGUCAUGCCUCGUCAAGUUCAGAAUUCUGGGAGCUUCAUUCCUUGCGCCAAGAAUGAACUCUUGGGGAAAUUCUUGGAUCCUUAUUCAACUGUAGCUUGAAGGGUCAAUUCUUUUUCCUGGAAAUUCAGCAGAUUAGCGUUCUAAGCUAAAACCCGAUUUGCCUCGAACAGGAAUGGGCAGUGUAACACUUAUGAUUGGGAUCUCCAGGGGACCUAGUGGUGUUCAACGGUGUCCUGAGCACAUUAACAGUCGUGGUUGUUGUACUGGGAUUGAGAUUUUGAUGGAAUUGAGCACCGCUUUAUUUCUGCA